UCUCCAUGGCAACUGCUAUUCGCCAGAAUCGCCUCAGCCGAGCAUCAUCGGAUCUUUGACACAGACAGUCUCUUCGAAACGAUCGCUCUGCUAGCAAUUGUUUUCCUUUUGUUUUAUUUUAUUAUUUAGUUCUGUUUUGAACACUUUAUAUAGCGAAUGCUUGCCAGUGCGUGAAAGGGAAUCAAAGACGCACAUUAGCUAGCCUGCUAACGUUUGUGUAACGUUAGCAGUGGAAUGGAUCAGUACAGUAUUCUGGGCAGAAUUGGGGAAGGAGCUCACGGAAUUGUUUUCAAAGCCAAACACAUCGAGACAGGGGAGACGGUGGCUUUGAAAAAAGUAGCUCUGCGAAGACUCGAAGAUGGAAUUCCAAACCAGGCCCUACGGGAAAUCAAAGCUCUGCAAGAGAUUGAGGACAACCAAUAUGUGGUGAAGCUGAAGGACGUCUUCCCGCACGGCACAGGCUUUGUGCUGGUGUUCGAGUACAUGUUGUCAGAUCUGUCAGAAGUCAUUCGGAAUUCCCAGCGUCCUCUCACCGCAUCCCAGGUCAAAGGUUACAUGAUGAUGCUGCUGAAAGGAGUGGCUUUCUGCCACGAGAACUCAAUCAUGCACCGGGACCUGAAACCCGCAAAUCUUCUAAUCAGCUCGACGGGUCACCUGAAGAUCGCUGACUUCGGUCUGGCCAGGCUCUUUUCCAAUGAAGGAGAUCGUCUGUACAGUCACCAGGUGGCCACCAGGUGGUACAGAGCGCCAGAGCUUUUGUACGGUGCCCGGAAAUAUGAUGAAGGAGUCGAUAUCUGGGCAGUGGGCUGUAUUUUUGGGGAGCUUUUGAAUAACUCGCCGCUUUUCCCCGGAGAGAACGACAUCGAACAGUUGUGCUGUGUGUUACGAGUGCUGGGAACUCCCAACCAGAAAGUUUGGCCAGAAAUAACAGAACUACCGGACUACAAUAAGAUCACGUUCAAAGAAAACCCCCCUAUUCCUUUGGAGGAGAUCGUGCCUGACACGUCACCGCAGGCUGUGGACCUGCUGAAGAAGUUCCUCGUCUAUCCGUCCAAACAGAGGAUCAGUGCUAGACAGGCUUUGCUCCAUCCGUAUUUCUUCACGGAUCCUCUCCCAGCCCAUCACUCAGAGCUGCCCAUCCCUCAGCGUGGAGGAAAGCACUCCAGACAGCGCAUGCAGCCCCCUCAUGAAUUCACAGUGGAUCGACCCUUACACGAGAGCUUGGUGGAUCCGAGUCUGAUCCAGAGGCAUGCGCGGAGCUGUUUAUGACAGCGGUAUGAGCAGAAAUGUAGGGCUUUGUGCUUAGUUUCGCACCAUUAAGCCACAGACUCUUAUUUAAUUUUUAAGGACAAUGAAAAAAAAAAGGAAUAAAACGUUACGUUAUAAAAGCUCUGUUAUGCAAGAUUGAGCUAUAUAAUGUUUAGGUGUUCUGAAUAUACUUUUAAUAGUAUUUUUCUGUGAUAUGUGUUUACAUUUUAUUAAAUAUUCUCAAGAACUAAUCAAUUACGAGACAAAAAGGCAAGGUGAUCACAUAGCAGGUCAUAAUUAUGACAAAAAAGUCAAAACGUUUGUCAUAAUUAAGACUUUUUGCCAUUACCAAAGUGUGAUUUGUCUUUUUUUGGGGAGGAAAAAUAAAUAAAUGUGCAAAUUAUUUGCUCUAUUACAGGCAAUAUAGCGUUUCCAUUUUUUUCCAUUUUCCAGUAUUCUUUUAGUAAACUUUCAAAUGGCAUAGAUUUACUUUUUUUGUGAUAGGUGUUCAAAUUUCUAAUGAGUAUUUUUUUGUAAUAGACACAAUCAGUUAUGGGAUUAAAAUUCAAAAUGAUGGCGUACUAAGACAUUGAUAUAUUUAAUGUCAUAGUUAUGACUUUUUAUGAGUUAUUUUGACUUGUAAUGAUUUACCAAAGCGUGAUUUGUCAUUUGUUACUGAAAAAAUAAAGAAAAUAUUCAGAUUA